AUGAUUUUUUUAAAUAAAAAAAUAUAUAAUAAAAAAUAUAUAUAUUAUAAAAAUAUCAAUUUAUUAUAUUUUAUAAAAAUAAUUAAUGAUUUUAUUUUUUUUUCUUUUUUAAUUAAAGAAUAUAUAAAAAUAUAUAAUUUAUUUUCUUUUAAUUUACUUAAAAAUUUUAUUAAUUUAUUAAAUAUAAUUGCAAUUAAAUAUAUAUUAUAUAAUAUUUAUAAUAAUAUUUUUAAUAUUACAACUACUAUAAAUUAUAAAAUUUAUAUACUAGAAUUAUUUUAUUGGGAAAAUAAAAAUUUUAUAAAUUAUAAUAAAUAUUUAUUAUUUAAUACUAUAGAACAAAAAAUAUUAUUAAUUAAAAAAGUAUCUAAAACUAGAGCAAAAGGAAGAAUAAAAAAAUAUAAAAUUAUAAUUAUUAUAGGAAAUAAAUCUGGAUGAUUUGGUAUAGGAUGUAGUAAAGAUUAUUAUUUACAAGAUGCUAUUUCUAAAGCACGUUUACAUGCUUUUAAAAAUAUUUAUCAAAUUUCAUUAUUUUAUUCUAAUUUAUUAAAAAAUAAUAUAUAUAUAAAAAAAAAAUUCAAAAAAUUAUAUUUAUUUUCAUAUAAUUAUAAAAUAAAAAUUUCUUCUUCUUAUAUUAUUAGAUUAUUAUUUUAUUUUAUCGGAAUUAAUAAUUUUAAUUCUAAAAUUAUGGGAUAA